AACACAGAGACAUUCAUCACACAUGUUUAAGAUUUUUCAAACUUCUAAACACAAGACAUUUAUGCUCCGAUUCUUGCAAGCUCCAAGAAUCAUUCACCUGCUUUCUAACUUGAACACUAAUCGUGAUACCCUGGGGUGAAAAUAGAUCGCCAAAGUGUUAAAGGAGCAAAAUUUUUCUUCUUGAACAAGAAGGGGUUGUGAUGGAACAGAAGCACUUGCUGUUGUCAGCAUUGAGUGUUGGGGUUGGUUUGGGUGUAGGGUUGGGAUUGAGCACAGGACAGAAAUGGGUUGGAGGGAAUUGUGAGAGUGAUGAGAUUUCUGGGGAACAGAUUGUGCAAGAGCUUUACAAAAAAGUUGUUGAAGGCAAAGAUAGCAAAAUCACAUUUGAUGACUUUCCUUAUUACUUAAGCGAAAGAAUCCAAUUUUCAUUGACAAGUGCUGGAUAUGUUUAUUUAAAAGAAGAAAACUUUUCCAAGCACAUGAGGAACCUUUCUCCAGCAAGCAGAGCUAUUUUGCUUUCUGGACCUGCAGAACUUUAUCUGCAAAUGCUUGCCGAAGCUUUAGCACAUUACUUUGAAUCAAAGUUACUUUUGCUAGACGUUACUGACUUCUCUUUGAAGAUGCAGAGCAAAUAUGGAUGUUCUAGAAAAGCACCAUAUUUUAAAAGGUCUAUAUCUGAGGUGACUUUGGAGCGAGUGUCUGGUUUGUUUGGUUCGUUGUCAGUCCUCCCUUCAACAUCCAAAACUAGAGGUACACUACGUCGACAAAGUAGUGAAAUUAAAAAUCCCAUCAAUCCUCCAAAGCUUCGUAGGAAUGCCUCUAAUGCAUGUGAUACGACUAGCACUUCCCAACAUGGUCCAUCAGAUCCAGCUCCUUUGAGGUGUGCAAGCCGCUUCUGUUUUGAUGAAAAGCUGUUCGUGCAGUCACUUUAUAAGGUCUUGGUUUCUAUCUCUGAAACUGGUUCUAUUAUUUUAUACAUCAAGGAUGUUGAGAAGCUCUUUCUUCGAUCACCAAGGUUACACAAUUUGUUCCAAAAUCUAAUAAAGAAACUUUCGGGGUCAGUGUUAAUACUCGGUUCCCAGAUCUUUGAAGAUGAUUGCCCAGAUGUUGAUGAAAAGCUUACUAUGUUAUUCCCUUACCACAUUAAAAUCAAACCACCUCGAGAUGAAAUCCAUCUUGGGAGCUGGAAAACCAAACUAGAAGAGGACAAGAAAAUAAUUCAGUUUCAAGAUAGCAGAAACCACAUUGCUGAAGUACUUGCAGCAAGUGACAUUGAUUGUGAUGACUUGGAUUCUCUCUGUCAUGCCAACACUAUGCUACUCAGUGAUUCCAUUGAAGAGAUUGUGAUGUCUGCAAUUUCUUACCACUUGAUGGAGACCAAAUGUCCAGAAUACCGCAAUGGAAAGCUAGUUAUAUCAGCCAAGAGUUUGUCCCAUGUAUUGAAUCUGUUCCAGGAUGGUGAAAGUAAUAUGAAUACUAAAGAUUCAAACAAGGACAAUGUCGGAGAAGAUAUCACUGUUGCAAAGAAUGAUACUCCUGCAAAGGAAUUUCCUCCUGACAAUGAGUUUGAGAAGCGCAUGAGAGCAGAGGUUGUCCCUGCGAAUGAGAUAGGGGUUACAUUUGCAGACGUUGGUGCAUUGGAUGAUAUUAAAGAAUUGCUUCAAGAUGAGGUCAUGCUUCCCUUUAGAAGACCAGAUUUGUUCAAAGGUGGGCUUCUGAAGCCUUAUAGAGGUAUAUUGCUUUUUGGGCCACCUGGUACAGGAAAAACAAUGCUUGCCAAGGCAAUUGCAAAUGAAGUUGGAGCUAGUUUCAUUAACGUUUCAAUGUCCACCAUAACUUCAAAAUGGUUUGGAGAAGAUGAAAAGAAUGUUCGAGCACUGUUUUCACUAGCAGCAAAGGUUGCUCCAACUAUUAUUUUUAUUGAUGAAGUUGAUAGCAUGCUUGGACAGCGGAGUAGAUAUGGAGAGCACGAGGCAAUGAGAAAGAUUAAAAAUGAAUUCAUGACCCACUGGGAUGGGCUAUUGUCAAAACCUGGUGAGAAAAUUCUGGUUCUUGCUGCAACCAACAGGCCAUUUGACCUUGAUGAAGCAAUUAUAAGACGGUUUGAGCGCAGGAUCAUGGUUGAUCUUCCAUCUGCUGAGACCAGGGAAAUGAUCUUGAAAACACUCCUGGCUAAGGAAAAUUUUGAAAAUAUAGACUUUAAGGAGCUUUCAACCAUGACAGAAGGAUAUAGUGGAAGUGAUCUUAAGAAUUUGUGCACAACUGCUGCUUAUGGGCCUGUUAGAGAGCUAUUACAGCAGGAGAGGUUGAAGGAGAAGGUAGAAGAGAAGAAAGUGGAGGCAGAAGUUCAAAGCUCAGAAGGUGCUUCCAAUGCUAAAGAAGACCAAGUGAUUACUUUGAGGCCUUUAAACAUGAAAGACAUGAGACAGGCAAAGAGUCUGGUGGCAGCGAGUUUUGCUGCAGAAGGAUCAAUAAUGAGUGAGCUGAAGCAGUGGAAUGAGUUGUAUGGGGAAGGAGGUUCAAGGAAGAAACAACAGCUUACUUAUUUCCUUUAGGUUGUGGAAUGCUGGUUUUAUUUUGGACUUGUCAGUAUUUCUUACCAAAGGAUAUUCUUUUAACCGGGGAAGGAAUCAUUCAACAGGGAUAUUGAAAUCAAAGUAUGAAAUAAUGUUGAAUAAAGCACAAGUGAAGAGAUUUUUAUCAUUCCCUGAAGAGCUAUCCGGGUCCUAAGAAUGUGUAGAUGAUCAUCAUAUAUGAUGUUUGGGAGAAGGUCCUCAGUUUUGGUUUGGAUUGUCUGCAAACCAAUGGGAAUUUAUAUUGUGCAUGGCAUGGUUUUGGUAGAUGCUAUGUGUUUUGGGGAAAGAGUGUUUUUACCCC